AUGCGGUGCCGGCUGACGCGACUUGCUGCGGCGACGCUCUGCGGGUGCACGUUGCGGAAAGCACGGCGUAGCGCGGCGACAGGCAAGAUGCAGUUGGACGUCUCCAAGGCGGGGCUUGCCGGCGUGAACAAGGCGCAUGUGAACGCAGUGAUCGAAAAGUGCACCAAGGGAUCAGCGUUUUACAUGAAUGAAAAGCGCAUGGAGUCGCAGCGAGAGAAGCGCAACGCAAGUUUGUGCACCAAAUCCAAAAAAUACCGUCUUCUCUCAGCAUCCGCAAGACAGUCGUUGAUGAAAACAGUGUCGGCAUGCGAGGCGGAGCUGGAGGCUGGGAGGCGGUUUGGUAAUUACGUGCACGUGGACAUGGACAUGUUCUACGCCGCGGUGGAGAUGAAGAAGAACCCGUCGCUGGCGGAGGUGCCGCUCGGCGUCGGCAGCGUUGCGAUGCUGUCUACGACGAACUACGUUGCGCGGCGCUACGGCGUGCGCUCCGGGAUGCCGGGCUUCAUCGGCAGGAAGUUGUGUCCGGCACUCGUCAUUGUGCCGACCGACUUCGACGCGUACCGUGCGGAGGCGGCGGUGGUGCGCGGCAUCGCCGCCGAGUACGACCCGCACUUCAUAAGCGUUGGCCUCGACGAGCUGACGAUGGAGGUGAGCGCGCACCUGCAGCAGAACCCUGGCAUGACGGCAGCAGACGUUGCGGCGGAGUUCCGCGCGCGUGUGGUGGCCGAGACGCAGUUGACGGCGAGCGCCGGCAUCGCCCCGACUGCGACGCUAUCGAAGAUCGCGUCUAACUACAAGAAGCCGAACGGCCAGCACGAACUGCGCCUGCGGACACGCGAGGACGUGAUCGCCUUCAUGAAGGACCUGCCGGUGCGUGAGAUCCCGGGAAUUGGGCCUGUUCAAAACAGCAUGCUGGCCUCACUCGGUAUACGCACCUGCGGCGCGAUUCAUCGGCAGAAGUACAAACUGUGUUAUGUGUUCCCGGGUAAGACGUUCGAGUUUUACCUGUCGGCCGCGCUCGGCGUAAUGCAGAGCGGUGCGGACCGUAUGCGGGCGGACCGUGCGCAAAAGACGGUCGGUCACGAGGUUACCGUUAGACGUCGAUUGAAGAAUGAAGCGGAGUUGAAGCAUGUUGUACUGAAGGCACUUGCACUGGCUCACGACGCACUGCUGCGUCAGCGCAAGGCGGCUCGCCGCAUUACACUGCGCUUAAAGCGGCGCUCCUUUGAGGACCACCAGUACAGCGUGACGUUGGAUUCAGCCACGAAUGACAUGACUCUUCUGUGGCGUGAGACACAAAAGCUCUUACAGCCACACCUCACAUCGUUUGAUGACUUUCGUCUCGCAGGAGUGCGGUUAGGGAAGCUGCAGAUGGUGCCGGAACGACACCUACCGGCGCGAAAGGGGAAUGCACAGAUUGUUUCACGUUUCACUACACAACCGUUGGAGCCGGGGCGGCGCACAGGAGCAACGAGACGUAUAGUUAUAUAG